AUGGUGGAUGCGGUAGGAUAUCAGGUGCGGUUCGACUCAGUGAGAAGCCGGUCUACGAGCCUGCUGUUUUGCACCACGGGUAUAUUGCUAAGGCGGUUGAUGUCUGAUCCAGUCUUGAACGGAGUGACGCACGUAAUUGUCGACGAGAUACAUGAGCGGGGUUUAAACGAAGAUGUCAUCCAGCGCCGUCCCGAUUUGAAACUCAUUCUUAUGAGCGCUACUGUGGACGCUAAGCUUUUUGAGAAGUAUUUCUUGGAUUUGAAUACUCGUUGCAUGGAUAUACCGUCAAGAAUGUGGAAGUAUCUACGGCAAGCGCCUGAAGCCUCCGAUCUGCGGGCCCAUAUUUCAGAGGAGAAUAUCGUCAGAGAAGCUCUCAAUGCUGAAGAUUACAGCAAUGCUGGAGAAGAAAGUAUCGAUUUCACCUUGAUAGAGAAGCUACUCUGUCACGUCUGCGAGCAUGGCCAAGAAGGUGCGGUGCUGGUUUUUAUGACUGGCUGGGAAGAUAUUUCUGCUUUGAGGCGUCAGCUAAGAACCCAUCCUGUGCUAGGCCAUCCUAGCAGGGUGUGGCUUCUUGCGUGCCAUGGAACCAUGUCGCCCGACGAACAGAAGAGAAUUUUUGAGCGUCCACCUUCACGUGUACGGAAGAUCAUCCUGGCAACAAACAUUGCCGAAACUAGCAUCACGGUUGAGGACGUUGUGUACGUUGUCGAUAUAGGAAAAGCCAAAGAGAAGAGCUAUGAUGUUGCAACAAACACUGCAUGUUUGUUGCCAAGAUGGAUUUCCAAGUCGUCUGUGCGCCAGAGGAAAGGCAGAGCUGGGCGUUUGAAACCAGGUGUUUGUUACCAUCUCUAUCCAGAAUCCGUUUUUCAAGCGUUUGAGGACCACAAUGAACCUGAGAUAUUGAGAACAGCUCUACACAACGUAUGCCUCAGGAUUAAGGGAUUGCAACUUGGAGAUAUCCAGACGUUCUUGGCAAAAGCUAUAGAGCCUCCCAACCGACACGCAGUGCACAUCGCCAUAGAGUUCUUGAAGGUGAUUGGUGCAUUGGAUGAAACAGAAGAUCUGACGGUUCUUGGAAAACAUCUAGCAAUACUUCCAGUUGAACCGCAGAUUGGAAAAAUGUUGAUCAUGGGGUGUAUUUUUCAAUGCCUUGAUCCCAUGCUUACUAUUGCUGCUGCACUUUCGUCCCGGGAUCCAUUUAUUCUUCCCGUGGACAAGCGAGAGGUUUGUGCUGGAUUGAUUUUAGUACAAAGCACAUUACUAAGAAAGUUGAGUUGCCAGGAUUCCAAUCAAGCCAAGUUCAAGUUUUCCAUAGGAGAAAUGAGUGACCACCUCGCGGUUGUUCGAGCAUUCAACGACUGGGAAGUGUGCAUGAAGCACAAUACGGCAUCGGAGUUCUGCCGUGCAAACUUUCUUUCCAUGCAAGUGUUGAUAGGAAUGACUUCCAUGAGAAAGCAAUUCCUAUCACUAUUGCAGGAAGCCGGUUAUCUCGACGGCGGCUUGGCGAGUUGCGAAGCUUAUUCAUCUGAUCCAAUGAUUGUCCGAGCUGUGAUUUGCGCUGGUUUGUUCCCGGGAGUUGCAGCUGUUGUGGUAAGUAUGUUUGCUCUUGAACUGUCCAUUUGUGUUGAUUUCUUCGUUCGUUCACAGGCAACUCCUGGAUCAGUGACCCACAAGACAAUGGACGGGACUGUAGUGCACGUUCAUCCAGUAAGUCUCGCUUGUCUUUGCAAUGUUUCAGCUGACAUUAUACACGGAUUUAUGCAGCACUCAGUGAAUGCAAGGCACGAGGAAAGCUGCUUUCCAUGGCUGGUGUUCCUUGAGAAGAUAAAGACAUCUAACGUGUUCAUUCGAGACUCAACGGGUAUAUCGGACUCGAUGCUACUUUUGUUCGGGGGAGCGUUGGUGUCGAUAGGCCAGCUAGCAAGGCCCGACCUCGACAUCUACAAACACCGAGAUGGUCUGCUCAUGCGAGCAGUGAUGCUCAUGAUCAGAGGCGACGCUCUUGCCGGCAAGUUCAUGUAUGGGAAGAGAACAGACGUAGGUACUUUCGAUGGUCUCAUCGGCGACAAGGACUCCAAAGUAGCACUCCGAGUAGCUCUCCUUCGGGAAGGACUGACUAGAAGGCCGUCCGUGUCCACGAAGCUAAACCGAGCAAAGCAGCACGUCUCCACGAUCCAGUUCCGAGCUGAAGAAGCUCCUGGGAAAACUUCCACCGGAGGACGAAGAACGCUUGCGAAGCUUUGA